GCCACACACACACACACACACAGAGAGAGAGACUGCGCACUGCCAAAACAGCUGGGAUUAAUUUCUUUCUCUUGAAUUUAUUGUCAUAAUUAAACCGUGUCUGUGUAUGUGAGUGAGUGAGUGAGUGUGUGUGUGUGCGUGUGUGUGUGUGUGGGGCGUGUGUGUGGGUGGUUGAAGAUGAAAACAACUUAAAGAGGAUGGAUUUCACACAUUUGGAAUAAAAGUCUGCAUCACUGCGCGCGACCCGAGCACAGUCCUGUUUUAACAAUCAGCCGGAGUCAAAGGCGUCCACGCGCACAAAAACAGGAAGCUAUGUCGACGGAAAAACACGGUCUGGAUGACUCUGGUCGCCAGACCAUGCAGCCCCCUCCGUACCUCCCCAGCUGGCAGGACCCCAGCGCGGGCCAACACCCUGGCAUGGCCCCCGCCCCGGGCACCCAGCCCAGCUACCCUCCUCCUCCUCCUCCCCCGGGCUCAGACGGCUACCUCCAGGAAACCCAGUUCCAUAGCGGCCCACUGGGACCUCCCGGGGCCCCACAGGGCUACACUGUACAGACCCAGGGUCCCGGGGGCAAUGUGCCUCACCCGCCGGUCGGAUACCUCCACCCGGGCUACCCUCUCCAGCUGCAGCCCUGCACCGCUUACGUACCCGUCUACCCGAUGGCAUCGGGUCAGCCCUACAUGCCAGCUGGAGGAGCCCACGCAGGUAUACCACCAGGCCAGAUUCAUCCCAUGCAAAUGCCACCCAGCAUCACACUGAUGGACCGCCGGCCGCCGCACGACUACCUGCCCAUCGCUGUCCUCACCACUGUCUGCUGCUUCUGGCCGACGGGCAUCAUCGCCAUCAUCAAAGCUGUGCAGGUGCGUACGGCGAUAGCCAGAGGGGACAUGGUGUCGGCAGAAAUAGCCUCCCGCGAGGCGCGCAACUUCUCCUUCAUCAGCCUGGCCGUCGGCAUCGCCUCCAUCGUGCUGUGCACCAUCCUCACCGUGGUGGUCAUCAUCGCCUCGCAGCACCAUGACGACGACUGGGAGCCGUAGCUCCACGUCGACAGGAAACCGCGGCACGUGUUGUCCAGCUACUGUAACUAUUUGGAGGAAACAGGAUCUCUGAAAACUCUAGUGCUUGCUGGCCCUCUGUGUUCAGCCACACACACACACACACACUCAGUACGUUUACAUGCAUGUUAAAAGUCAGAUUUUAGUCAGAUUAAGACAAUAAUUUAUUUAUUUUUUAAAUAUUAUGUAAACACGUUAGUCCGACUAAAAUCAAGCUAGUCUUAGUCGGACUAACGUACCUGGAUAAUGCGAUUCAUAGUCCGAUUACUCCUGAGUCGAACUUGGCGUUUGGUGCAUGCACUUAAGGGUCUUUGAAUCGAAAGUAGAAAGAGACGACGUAUAAACUCCAGUGCUGUUGUCUUACUUUGGACAACACAAGAACCACAAGAGACAUGUCCAUGUAAUUUGUAUCAUUAUUAACAUACAGCCGGUACAGAACCACAGCACCGUCCAUAUAAAUGUCUUUUCUGCUCUGCAUACAUACCUGGACUCGUCAGGCUGUCUGAUUGCCUGACUUACAUCAGUUUAAUGGAGCGACAUCCUAAGCUCGAUUAAACUGUGCAUGUAAACGCACUGACUGAUCGACUGAUGACCAAAAACACAAACAAUCACAGCUGACAUUCGAAUACCAAAUACUAGCACGGCCCAGUAUUGCUGUUAGCUCACUGACCGCUCAAUAUUUCCACUCAGAUAACAUGAGCUGCAGGACGGAAACAAAGCUGCUUUCACUCCCUAUUGAUUCAUAUACAGUAUUCUCUGAUGACGUCCCGGUGCGUUCUUAGAAGUUCUGAAGUCAGGAACUCGGAUUUCAACCUCAACAACCUACAAACACUGUUAUUUUACUCUUCAUAGCACUUCAGUGUAUUUGUUUCACUAUGAAUCCACCGUACACACACUCGAGCUUCAUAUUUAAUCGUAGAUGUAUUUGCACAACACACCAUUGUGCAAAUGUUUGUGUGCAUUGUGAUGGACUAGUAUUGCUAACAGUGGCUAUCACUAGCUCGAGAUACAGUGAACACAGCGGGUUCCGAGUUCCGAUGUAAAUGGAACGCAGCAUUAUGCUGUGUUUACACCAGACUAAUUUGAUGCCAGGAUUUCCCACCGUGUGACAGCCGCGGAGUGUCCGCUCGUUUACUCGUUAAGUAAAUGGUGAGACUCGCCAAGGGUGUGUCCGGCUCCAGACGGCGCAGACACACAUAGGAUGGAACGCAACAAUGCGGCUGAUAUUAGCCACGGUUGAUGCCCGUUGUACUUCUGUCUUCUCUUAGGAAAAUUAAAAAUGCAGUAAAGUGAUCGUGCUGCGCGUGGUGUGAACACAGCAUCAGUGGGAGGACACACACACACACACACACACACACACACACACACAAGCAGCCAAAGGAGGUGUUUCAGGACAGAGGAAGAUUUUAGUCUCAGACACAUACACACGUUUUCCUCUUUAAACACAUUCUAAAAAGUGCCAUGUUUGUCCAGAGCAGUGUUACAGUGUUACAGUGUUACAGUGCUACAGUGCUACAGUGUUACAGUGUUACAGUGUUACAGCUGAGAGAAGAGACGGUCGGGUGGAUUGAGGGGCCGAUGUUGCUAACAGACACAUUGACUGACUUGCUUACCACACACUGAACGUUCAUUUACGACUCAUGGUUUUUGUGUUACGUGAACAUUUUAGCAGAAUAAUGAUGUUUGUUAAAUGAUUCUUUCAAAUUAUUUUUGAUCAUUUUCCAGUGUACUGCUCGUUUUGAAUUGGCUUAGAUUUGAGAUCAUACAAGGAUGAUGACGAGGAUGACGAUGCUGAUGAUACACUUUGUAGAAAGCAGAUGACAGGCAGUAGCUGCUUAGAUUCAUAGCUCACAUAGUGCAUGAUAAACACAAAUGUAGGCUAAUGAGCUUUUAGUGCCAACAUAAACUGUCUCGCAGCUGUUUUUGGGGGAUAUUUCCACUGGUACAGUAUUUCCCGGAGUGUAGAUUUUUCAAAAUGAGCUCAUUUAAAUGAUAGGUAUUUGAAUCUUGGUUUGACAUAUGUUUUAGCGAGUAGUUUAGAAGCGUAUCGUCGCACAGCUCUUUGCUGUAAAACUGAAACUUUAGUGCAACAUGAGACUUCUGAGGCAGCGCAACCCUGCAUGUCAUCCUCACUUAGUUUCUAUUUUGUCUUAAAUAUUGAGGCUGUGAGAUCAUGUAAUGUGGUUUCACGUAUGGUUUCCAUACCACAGCUGUAACAUUACAGUGUUAACUGUUCUGUUAGGUUUCAGGAGUUAAACUGAGAACUGAAAAUGAAUGUUUCCAAAAAAGGGAGGGAGAGAAAAUACUUUUGCCUACUGUGUUGUAGCACUUUCUGCUGAAUGAAAUCAUUUCCUCUCUCUUCCUGUCUUUCUCCUGAUCACAUGACUUAUUGGACCUAUUAACAUAUCUCUUCUGCUCCCUUCCUUCCUUCCUUCCUUCCUUCCUCUGUUGGUCCCUAUGAUAAUGCUAUUUUUUAAAAAGAAUUAUACAUAUACAGUAUAUUUAAAAAGCAAUGUGUUUGACAAUGAACACACAUAGAGACAGUAUGAUGUCUAAUUGUAUUAUUUGACAAACAUUAACUAUUAUUAUUAUUAUUAUUAUUAGUAUGACAUUGUAAUUAUUAUUGAUGUAUAAAGUACAUGAAACACAUCUGGGUUUGUAGUUAUCAAACUGCUAAGAAUUUGACUUUUUUUUCACUAAAUUUGAGUAAAAUCGUAAUAGCUUUAGGAGCUAAUAUCUCUAACUGACAGACAUUAACACAUCUCUGGACUUAAGGGAUAUCAAAGAUAUUAAUCCAAAAGAAAAACAAGUCAUUCAGAGAUGGCAGACUCACCCCGUUCACUCUGUCGGCCUCUGUUGGUCAUAUUGGCAAACUGCGGAAACACAAACAGACAAACGGACACACAGAGCCACUAAAAACAACACUUCACUUGCACUCUGUGGGAUAGAGAAUAAUAAAAAUAUCUAUAUAUCUGAUAAAAGAGCGCCGUUUAAACAUCUACAGCCUGAUUCACAAAAACUCUUUAGUUGUUCAAAAUCCAUUAAAAAAAAGAAGAAAAGAAUCAGCUGUUUUUGUAAAUUCUUUCAAUUUGAUGGAGGAGCGAAGGUGAUCAUUCACAAUUCAUUUAGUAAAAACCAGUUCUGCAAAUGUAGGCCAUCAUCUCCUAAAUAUGGAAGCAUCGUCUGACAGAUGAAUACACAAUUAUUUUCUGUGUCAAAGACGAGCAAAUACACAUUUAUUCAAGUUUGACUUAUUCUGUUUCAACACUUCACCUUCAGCAGUUUGACAAAUACAAACCCCAUGCUUAUGUUGUUGACACGUUGAUAUUUGGGCUCAGUGCUGUUGAGUAUUACUAUUAUUCUAAUUGUGUGUGUGCUGAAUAAUAAGAGUCAUGUCCAGCAUAUUUGGUUUAGGCUGCGACUCCCUGUGUGUUUCCUGAGACAUAGACACACGUUCUGUACAUGUACAUAUAUAUAUAUAAAUAUAAGUAUAUAUAUGUAUAUACUGUUCACCACACACACACACACACACACAUUCUUGUGCUGCAUUCUUACUGAGGACACUCAUUCCUUUGCCCCUUACCUUAACCUUAAAGUGGAACUAUACAGGAUUCUUCCCCUCAUUUAACAGCUGUGGAGUCAUUGUUGUGGUUGAACGGCUUGUUGUGGUUGAGAUUUGGGGCUGGGCUGUUUCCACUCCCGUUACUGUCGGUUAGCAGAACACAAGGCCGCCGACCCGGGGGAAGCGAGGAAGAGGAAACGACUGUCGGCCUGAGUGAGGGUCCAUACACGAGUAAACCCUGGACACAGAAGAAUACAAAAGGGAUGCCGACUGGCACGGACAUGGCUCCACGGCUUGUGUUCGCACAUGGGGAGUGGGGAGCAUCAGCGGGGAGUAACAACAGUGAGGAUGAAGCGGUAGACAAUGGUUGGAUGGCUGUUUACGGCCGUGUCAUAAAUUGUACAGUAGGGGGAGCUCUAGAGAAAAAGGACGAAAAAGCCACCAGACUUUUCUGCUUCAACCAUCACAACUAAAUGCCUAAUCCUAAAAGCAGGUAUUGAACCCCAGAAUGUCCUCAAGUUCCCAGAAUGUCCUCAUGUUCCCAGAAUGUCCUCACAUUCCCAGAAUGUCCUCAUGUUCCCAGAAUGUCCUCACAUUCCCAGAAUGUCCUCAUGUUCCCAGAAUGUCCUCAUGUUCCCAGAAUGUCCUCACUCCCGUGGGUUUAUAGGUCUUUAGGUCCUCACACAGACAGACAGACACACACAGUGACACACAGACACACACAGACACACAGACAGAGCUGGGAUGAGUGAUUUCUUUCUUGUUUAGUUGAGCGUGUGCAGGUAACGCAGUGGGUCACAGAAACCCACCAGUGUAAGUGUGCUUCUCUUGAGGUUCAUUAUUCUGACUGUGUUUCAAAUGCUUUGGUUGUUUCCAAGUUUACUUGUUUUAGUAACAAAUAAAGAAUCUGAUUUUUUUGGUGGUGAACGACA